AUGUCUGUCAUUUCCCGGCUACGCACAUCUAUUCAUAGACGAAGAAAACCCAAAGAACAAAAACUAGCUGCCAAACGUUGGUUCCAACCAAGCGAGGCUCUAAUAGAUGUGUUUCCUUACGAUGAUGACGAGUUAGAUAGGUUACAACAAUUACACUAUUCGAUGAAAUAUGCGUGGGUCGGAAAUUAUUCAUCACCCGUUCAUGAAGUGUUAUCUGAAGGAAAUGCCAAAGUACUUGAGAUAGGUUGUAAAAUGGGCACCUGGCUUGUUGAUAUGUCUCUGCAAUAUCCUAAUUCUUCCUUUACGGGCGUUGAUUAUCGUCAAUUUCUACCAACCGACACUGGUCCGCCAAAUGUAACAUUUAUCGCCGAAGACGUCCUUGACGGAUUACCAUUUUCGGACGACACGUUUGAUUUUGUUUUUAUGCGAUUUAUGGGCUGGCGUUUGAGUCAAAUGGAGUGGGUUCGAAUAAUUAAUGAAUUGACGAGAGUGGCACGUCCAGGUGGAUGGAUAGAAAUUAUGGAAACAGACAUGAUUUGGUAUAAUGAAGGACCUAACGCCCAACAGUUUCGAAGAGGAGAGCUGUUCAGUAAAUAUCGUGUAAACAUGGUCAUGUCACAUUUGAUUCCACACCACUUUAAAUCAACUGGUGCUGUUGACAAGGUAUUAGUCAAGCAACUGUCCAUUCCAAUUGGCGGAUGGGGAGGUAAAAUUGGGUACAUCCAUGCAUUUGAUACACGAUGGAUAUGCAGAAAUUUGAAACGAGUUGUGGCAUCAUUUGGGCUAGAUAAUGAUCGAUACUCUCUUCUGGUUGAUGAUAUAAUGAAUGAGAUUGAGUUAUCAAAUGUGUAUGAAAACUGUUAUAGGUUUUAUGCCCAAAAGAAAGCUUAUACAUAUUACUAA